AUGACAUUGGAAGAGUGUUGCGGCUACAGCAGCAGGGUGGAGUUUUUCAACGACGACGUCUUAUGUAUCAUUGGCAGCAUACGGAACCAACCGAUGAUCUUCGGCCGCUUGUUCGUUCCGAAGCCAUCCUGGCCCGAGGAGGACUUGCUUCCAAGUGGGAGGCCCGACUCCGCAUAUCAAUGUCGGGCGCCAUCAGUAUUCGGAGCAGUCAGUCUGCUGAAGAAGCGUCUUGCAGCCGAUGCGGCGUUACCAAUCCACCUUAUCAUCUUGGACUGGAUGCGAGAGUUAAAGAAAGAUGGCAGCGCCGAGAAACGGAAGCAUGCAGAGGAAUCACUGCUGAGAGCAGAGCAGAUCGAUACUGCUGAGAAGACUGCACGUAUGAUGGAGGAGCACGGAGCUGCAUCCCUCAUGGUCAAGAGAACAAAGCUCGGGAAGAACGAAGAGAACCUAAUCAGCUAUGUGGAGCAGAAGAUUACGUGCAAGCACUGGGACAUCAGCGGAAAGUGGACUCUGCAGUCCGUCAACACCAAGGAACUCCUUGUACCGGCUACCAUGGAGAUUCGUUGCUGGGAGAACCCGACGCAAAUCUUCGGGGGAAUCGAUUCGGGCCAGUUUGGGGGCAUAUUGCGAUGUUCAAAGGGCCUCGAGAGCGACUACCCCUCCGAUGCCAGCGCCGAUUCCGACUCCUCGGGCGCCUACGACGAAUUUGACAUUGGUGAUAAUGACCAACCGACCGGAAACGGACCAAGGUUGUUCUUCCGGUUCUUUGGAUUCGAUAUCAAGGCCCGCGCGAUAGUUGCUGGAGAACAGGGAGAAGAAACUUGCACUACGCGGUUUUCAGCCGAAGGCAAGAAGGUGGAAACCUGCUUGUGGUAUCCAGAAACAUACUACGGCGGAGACGUCUGA